AUGCCCUGGUUCCUUAUGGAGUCCUCACUCUCAUCAAUCCAAGCUCUAGUCAGCCAAAUCAAGCAAGAGAUCUUGUCGAACUUUAAUCCUUCCUUGUUCAUUUCCCCCUCGGCUUAUGACACCGCAUGGCUAGCCUUAGUCCCGUGCCCAAACAGUCCUAGGUCUCCCUUGUUCAAGGGCUGCCUGAACUGGGUACUAAAGAGCCAAAAAGAAGAAGGGUUUUGGGGAGGGGUCGGAGGAGAUGGACUUCCUGCCAUUGAUAGCCUCCCUGCAACUCUUGCUUGCUUGAUUGCAAUAAAAAAAUGGGGAGUUGGUGAACAAAACCUCAAGAAAGGUUUGGCAUUUAUCAAUAGCUACUCGGAGAUGCUUUUCAAGGUAAAAGACGAUAAAUUUCCUCGUUGGUUCGCUAUUGUUUUCCCUGCAAUGGUUGAACUUGCACUAGAAAAUGGCCUAGAGAUUGUAUUUCCCAAGGGUUUAGAAGCGGUUCUAUCCAAUAUUUCCCUCGAGAGGCAACGAAUUCUUCAAACGGAGGAACUCGUAGACAACUACCAAUUUGCUCCUUUAUUGGCUUAUUUGGAGGCUUUGCCUUUCUCUUGUCCUGUUCACGAAGAAGACAUUGAAAGGAACUUAAGUGAAGACGGCUCCUUGUUCCAAUCGCCCUCAGCCACAGCUCGUGCAUUUCUAGCAACGGGAAACCUAAAAUGCUUGGACUACUUAAAAACACUUGUUGCAAAGCAUCCAAAUGGAGUCCCAGCAAUGUAUCCAAUAGAUGAAGAGCUUGUAAGCCUAUGCAUGGUUAACCAAGUCCAAAGAUUAGGGUUGGCGGAGCAUUUUACCAAAGAGAUCGGUGAAAUUCUAGAACAAAUUUACAGAUCUUACAAGGAGCAAGAAAAAGAAGCAACAACGUUUAACCUAGCAAUAACAAAGAUAUACAAGGACUCUCUAGCAUUUCGGCUCCUCCGGAUGCAUGGAUAUAAUGUAACCUCAAGAAGCUUUUGUUGGUUUUUGUAUCAUGAAGAGAUUGUUGCUCAUAUGGAGAGAAAUUAUGAAUAUUUUACAAGUGUAUUGUAUAAUGUGUAUAGAGCUACAGACCUAAUGUUUUCAGGAGAAGGCGAACUAGAGGAGGCAAGAUUAUUCUCAAGAAAGUUGCUUGAAAAAUCUUUGAAGCUCACCAAUAUAAAUGAUAAUGUGAUUAUGUUUGCAAAUUUUCAGAAGAUCAUAGGAAGGAGUAUUGACCACGAGUUGAGUAUUCCAUGGAUUGCUAGACUUGAUCAUCUUGAUCACAGGAUGUGGAUUGAAGAAAAUCAAGUUGACACCCUAUGGAUAGCAAAAGCCACUUUCUACAGGAUCUCAUGUCUACAAAAUCACAAGCUAAUGCAACUUGCUGUGGAGAAUUUCGAGUUUCGGCAAUCAAUUUACCGGAAGGAAUUGGAGGAACUUAACAGAUGGUCCAAGGACUUGGGACUUAGUGAGAUGGGAUUUGGCCGGGAGAAGACAACCUACUGCUACUAUGCAGUGGCCUGCAGCACUUCUGUCCCCCAUGAUUCUGUUGCCCGGUUGAUUGUUGCAAAGAGCGCCAUACUUGUGACAGUUGCUGACGAUUUCUAUGACAUGGAAGGCUCCUUGGAGGAGCUACAAACCUUGACUCAAGCCGUUCAAAGGUGGGAUGGGAGAGGAUUAACUGGCCAUGGCAAGGUUAUCUUCCUUGGCCUUGAUAAUCUUGUUCGUGGAGUCGCUACCAAGUACCUCCAUCGACAAGGAAUUGAUAUUACAGAAAAACUUCAAAAUAUGUGGAGGGAAACAUUUGUUUCAUGGCUGAUGGAGACAACAUGGAGCAAGAGCGAGUAUAUACCAUCCAUGGAAGAAUACCUUGAAAUAGGCAUGACAUCUAUUGCCGUACACGCUAUCAUUCUUCCAGCAUCAUGCUUCCUAAGUACAAGCUCUCCAAGCUAUGAGCUCAAGACAUCUCCAUACGAGACAAUCACUAAGUUACUUAUGGUUUCAACUCGCUUAUUAAACGAUAUCCAAAGUUAUGAGAAGGAGAUUGAAGUUGGAAGGAAGAAUCUUGUCAUGCUGCACCAGAUAGAAAAUUCACGGGUCGGAAUUGAAAAUUCAAUUUCAUAUGUACGGGAUAUAUUGAAUAGCAAGAAGAAAGAACUGCUCGAGCAUGCUUUGAUAGAUGACUUGGGAGAUCUUUCCAAGUCAUUCAGGCAUUUCCAUCUAUCAUGCCUACGAGUUUUCCAAAUGUUCUUCAAUUCGAGCAACGUUUUUGACUCGGCCACUGAUCUCCUUCAUGACAUCAAGAGAGCCAUAUACAUGCCUCUAGAGUACAACAUUUCAAAACCCCUCAACCCUUUGAAACAAUACCCUAGCCAGCCGGUCGAGAAGGGGAGCUAUAAAAUCCAAGCUUGUGUCAUCAAAGCCAUCAAUUAUAAAAGCAAAAGGAGCAUAAUUAGGCAGCAAUUUUCAAUAAGCAGUAGUUUAAGACUUGGCUGUCAGAAGGUGGUAACUCCAAUGAAACCCAACUUCCGCUUCAUAUGA